GAAAAUAUUCUUUAAAACACGGGUAAAAAUAAACUUUUUAUGGAAAAUGUCUUACCGAUUCUAUUCGUGUAAGACAUUUUCCAUUCUCUUCACCCUUAUCACAACAAUAUGUUCUCCCUUCCUCUCUGCCCAUCAACCUCCGCCUCUUAUCCUUAUCUCCGUUCGUUGGUCUUACCUCCGAAUCUCUAUCUCGUCAUCUCUGUUGGAUGACUGUCGUUCUUACCAAAUCUAUAAGAAACCCUAAAAUUUGGCUUUCCAUUCCUAUCAAGAUGGAUUGUAGUCAAGAUCAAAAUGCAAUUGUUGAAGUCGUGGCUUCAGUUUUAUCUUUUGGGGCUCUUUGGAUUAAAAAAUUAAAAACUAGGAAGAAAAUCACUUCUCACCCUCGUGUGAAUCGAGAUUAUGAAAGAGAAAAUUAUAUUAAUAGUAUUUUAUAUAGUGGUGACCAGCAUUGUAUUGAUGUGAUAAGGAUGAGAUCGAUUGUCUUUUUUAAUUUGUGUGAUAUUCUUAGUAGGAAUAAUUUGUUACAAUCAACUAAAUCGGUGAAUAUUAUGGAGCAAGUAGUUAUAUUUUUACACAUAAUUGGUCAUAAUGUAAGGUUUCGAGUGAUUGGAUCUAGACAUUAUAGAUCAAUAGAGACAGUUCACCAUUACUUUGGGGUUGUAUUGAGAGCUAUUUUGAAAUUGUAUAAACCAGUUAUUAGAUUACCUUAUGAGUCAACUCCUAAUGAAAUCAGAAACAAUCCAAUGUUUUAUCCUUACUUUAAAGAUUGUAUUGGAGCAUUAGAUGGAACUCAUGUUCUUGUAUCCAUUCCAUUUAGCAUUCAAGGAAGAUUUUAUAGCCGUAAAGGGAGGACAACACAAAAUAUAUUGGUUGCCAUUACAUUUGAUUUGAAAUUUUCCUAUAUUCUAGUUGGUUGGGAAGGUAGUGCACAUGAUUCUCGUAUUUUAGGUGAUGCUCUUUCAUCCCCAAGAGGAUUAAUUAUUCCGGAAGGUAAGAAUUAACAUUAAAUACCAAAUAGUUUAAGUAAGCUCAUAAUUUAUUAGUAAUAAUUAUAUUUUGUAAAAUUGUAGGUAAAUAUUAUCUUGCUGAUGCUAGAUAUAACAUCCGAAAUGAAUAUAUUACCCCAUAUCGUGGUGUCCGAUAUCAUUUAAAAGAGUUUAGUGCUCAGGGGCUAGAAAAUGCAAAGAAACUUUUUAAUCUUCAUCAUUUAUUAUUACAAAUCACUAUUGAACGUGUUUUUGGGAUUUUGAAGAAACAAUUUCGUGUGUUAGAUGCUGAACCAUUUUGGAAUUUUCAAACUCAAGUAGACAUAGUUUUGGCUUGUCGUAUCAUUGAUAAUCAUAUAAUGGGAGUUGAUCCUAGUGAUUUACUUAAUCAAGGAUUAUACGAGGAGCCUGAGUCUAAUUUGAUAAUACUAACUCUUACAAAGCAAGAAGUAAGAGAAUAGUCUGCUAAGAGAGAGGAAAUUACACAAACUAUGUGGACUAGUUAUAUGGCUAGAAAUAUUAGGUAGGUUUAGGGCUUACGGUUAUUGUUUCUAUGUUAUACAUGUUUUAGCAUUGAAAUUGUUAUUUUUUUAAUGUUGGUUAACUAUUGAUAUUGAAAUUAGUUUGUUGGAUUUUAAAAUUAUUAUGUUUUCAAUGUGUUGGAUAUUGAAUUUAUUAUGUUUUAAGCUUGUUGGAUAUUGAAAUGAUUGACAAUGACAAUUAUUAAUGUAGAAUGGGUAAGGGAAACAAAGAAGGGAU